GUAUUAUUAAUAAUGAUACGAGUUUCAUUGUUGGACAAGAGUUGUUUUUUAAGUUUCUUUCCAACUGAUAACCGUCUUUAGUCCUGACUGAUGCUUCAGUACUGAAGUCAGGAAUUGUAUGGCUGCUCAGAACGAAGUGUCCAUCCCUUAGUCAGACAGGUGUAUGGCGGUGGUGAUGAUUAUGAUGAUGUUGUACACAUUGGUAUUCAGCGCACACACUCACACACUCAUGCAUAUUAUCGCAUAGCAUAAAUUCAGCAGCAGACGAUCAGGCAGGUGACUGCUUGCUGAUGAUGGCGCAUCACUUUGUCUGCCUCCCACGUGAGACACGGCCGCUGGCAUACUGAUGAAUGUCACUGGGUGCUCACUGACGAUGAGUUUGUGAUGAGAGUCAUUAGGUGCGACUGACGACAGCAUGCUAAUAAGUGUCAUUACCAGGCUCGUCUCAUGCCCCUUCGAGAAGAGCCAUUCGUGAGGGCAGCACGUCCUCUGGCGGCCCGUUGUUAGGAGUGGUGUCUGCAGACAGAGAUGCCCAGAUGACUGGAGGUGGACAAGAGAAUCUACAGAAACCAUCGCGGGAGGGACGGCACGAGCGGGGAAGGAAUCCUUUGUACAUCACUACGCACUCCACCUGCGAUCACAAUCAGCAAACCGCCAACUGUUGCCGCAGGACCGCACUUAGCGGAGGAAAAGAUAUUUCCAUGUUUUCCCACUUUUUCAGAAUCGCUCAGCCGCUUUUGUGAUUCCGCAGCUGUCGGAGACAGCAGGUGACAGUUCCGCGGCCUGGGCCAGCGGCUGGAGCAGCAGACAGCCCAGGGAGAGAGAGAAAGAGGAAGAGAUGCUGGCUGCUGCUUGGAGGAAGCUGGUGGUUGAGGACGGGGGAUCGAUACCCAGACGUACGAGCUUUCAAACGAAUGAAACCACCGGCACCGCGCCUCGCUCCAGCAGCCACCCGAGCCUCGCCGCACGGAGCGUGUGACGUGUACAACAAGCGGAUGACAGCUCGCGGCGGAGGAUGUCGUCUGCGUUCUCCUCUCCUCGUGCGAUGUGUCUUCCGUGUGUCGCAUGCCGAGACUCGUGCCGCACGCGACUUCACACGACUUGAGCGGCGCGCGCUACUUGUGGGAUCCACCCGGCAGAUGUCGAUGUGAGGAUCUGAGCACUUCUCUCACACGAUGGGCUGCACUUCCUCCAAAAAGCAACGAAUGUCGAAGUCUGAAAAAGCCAUGAAGGCGGCGCUGCUGAUCCAGCGCUGGUACCGCCGCUACAUGGCGAGGCUGGAGAUACGGCGCCGCACCACGUGGAACAUCUUCCAGUCCAUCGAGUACGCCGGGGAGCAGGACCAGAUCAAGCUGUACAACUUCUUUAACAGCAUGAUGACACACUUUUCUGUCGACAACGCCAACCAGGUCCGCAUCAUCAAGGCCUUCAGUGAGGAGCAGAGGCGAUCGCUGUCUGCUGGAACGAUCAUGUCAGACGAGAUGGAGGCCGAGGACAAGGAGCUGAUGAACAGCAUCGACCCAGACAGCAUCAGCGUGUCCAGCUCCUACAAGGGCCCUCACGUGACCUUCCCCAUCACCCAGAAUUCCGUCUUUGCCCUCUUGCAGGCUUUCAAAACCAAGCAGGUGCUGCACGUGAAAUACCUGCUGCAGCUGCUGCACGAGUGUCGACGGGUGUUGCGGCAGCGCGGCAACAUCAACCGCGCCACCACCGCCAUCGCGCACCAGCUCACGGUGUGUGGUGACCUGCACGGCAAACUAGACGACCUCUACAUGAUCUUCCACAAGAAUGGACUUCCUUCCGUGGACAACCCUUAUGUUUUCAACGGUGAUUUUGUGGACAGAGGAAAUCACUCAAUAGAAGUGGCGAUCAUUCUGUUCGCCUGUUUCCUGUGCUCUCCGAAUGAAGUCUACCUCAACCGCGGCAACCACGAAGAUCACAUGAUGAAUCUCCGAUACGGCUUCAUCAAAGAAAUAAUGCGAAAGUACAAGGAACACGCCACAAAGGUUAUCAUGAUGUUUGAAGAUGUCUUCAGCUGGUUACCAUUGGCAACAGUCAUUGACGAUAAGAUUCUUGUGGUUCAUGGCGGCAUCUCCGACGACACAGACCUGGAGUUCCUUCAAACCGUCGACAGACAUAAGUUUGUGUCGGUGCUACGACCACCUGGUUCCAUGAAAAUGACAACGGUUGACAUUCAGCAGCUGGAGAUGAAUGAGAUUCAAGAAUGGAAACAGAUGCUGGACAUCUUGUGGAGUGACCCCAAGAAUAUCAAGGGGGCGGCACCCAACAGUUUCCGGGGCGGAGGCUGUUACUUCGGGCCCGACGUUACCAAGGAUGUUCUGGAUGCUCACAACCUCACUCUGCUCAUCCGCUCCCAUGAGUGCAAGCCCGACGGCUUUGAGUAUACUCACGAUAAUAGGGUGCUGACAAUAUUCUCUGCCUCCAACUACUACGAAGAAGGCAGCAACAAGGGAGCCUACGUUAAGAUCCUUGACAACGAUUUGAACCCUCACAUCGUCCAGUAUGUCGCUGGCUCCACCUCUCGCCGCAAGAUCACCUUCACUCAAAGAAUCGGCAAACUGGAGUCUUCGGCCCUUCACAGCCUCCGCGAAAGGUUUCUGGCCUGCAAACCGCUGCUGACGAAAGAAUUCCAAAAAUUUGACCAAGAGAACAAAGGUCUCAUCUCGCCGGUGGACUGGUGCUCGGCUAUGGAGGCGGUCAUCGGCAUGGACGUGCCCUGGCGACUGAUGCGUUCGCGUCUGGUGCAAACCGCGCCUGAAGGACUAGUCAUCUACCAGUCUACCUUCCAUGACCUGACCUUCGACAGACACCAAGAUGAGACCAUCAUGUCGGUGACUGAGACCCUCUACCGGCACAAGGAUAUCCUGGAGACCAUUUUCCGCAUCUUUGACAAGGACAACUCUGGCUUCAUCUCCAUGGCGGAGUUCGAAGAAGCCUGCAGCAUCCUCAUGCGCCACGCCACCAUCCCGCUUCUAGAGUCGCAGAUCUCAGACGUCGCUCGCAGCCUUGACCUCAACAACGACGGUCACAUCGACUUCAACGAGUUUCUCGAGGCUUUUCGCAUCGUGGACCAAGACUCGCUUCUCAAAAGCCCUGACUCAGAGAACAUUAUUGAUGAUGGCAUCGAAGCACAAGUGGCAGAGGACACGCCUGUCAAGGUCGUGAGUACGAAAGGUCAAGAAGAGAGUGUGACCUCAUGACCUUGGGCAGGUAAGACUAACCCUAGAGGCAGCGCAGCAAACUGAUGACACUAUGGAAUUCCCAUGACAACCACUUUAUUUCGGUCAACAAGCCACUGAGGCUGUUGUCAAGUCCUCGACACGAGGUGACACGAGAUGAGGUUCAGUGUGUUUCACGCGCUUCACAAACUCCUUCACCGAAUCAAAGCAAUAGAGUAAAAUACCAGUGGUUAGUAACUAAAUGGAUUUUUAGAGGGUGCAUUUUUUUCCAAAAAACAAAUACGAAAUUUCUUUACCAGGGUAUAAGCAUACGUGAUAAGAGUUAUAUUAUAAAACUAUUUCACAGAGUUAAAUUCCACUGUUUUACCACACACGCAGGAACUGUUUACAUUCUCACCAAAAAGCACCAACAACAAGUGUUUCAGAAACACAUCUCACUUUUUAGUUUGUUGACGUAGCUUGGCGCCUUUCUCAGAUCAUUUUUGAAAUGGCAAGCUUUCGUUUAAAUGAAUUUCACUUUUCCCAGAAUGACUUUCAUUUAGAAUGGUAAUCACUGGUCAACGAUAUCUCCUUCCAUGAUGAUAAGCAUGGCGGCACAGUAAGACGUUUGGAUUUUUUUCCAUUUCAUAGUUUUACUUCUGAUUGAGAGCACACCGCUGAGAAGGAUGUCUUUUAGAAAUCAGAAUUCCAAAAGCACUUGAAAUCUUUAUUUGGCUGAGAAGAGAGUGUUUAUCCUAGUUUAUUGACACGCCAGUCUUUUAGUUGACAUUUCACUACCACCUUAACCUAUGGACCAUGUCCAGUAAUCUGUCUUUUCUGAUUUAACGAUACGCCUUGAUAGAUCAAUCACUUGCUUAUUGCUUGUACAUUUACUCAUAAAAUAUAUUUUUUAUAUUUACAAUGUGGCUGAUAAAAUGUUGGCACCGGACUUGAAGCUGCCUGUAUUCGAGAUUAUUUGUGGUGAAUUUAAACGCAAUCUGUCGUGACAUCCAUCUUGCAACACACAAUGGUGUAGUCACACCCAUAUGGACGUUUACAAAGAAGAAAUGUAUUCCAAGACUAAUUGGAAGAUAUUCGUGUACACAUGCACAAAAACGCAUAAGGACUUUAAAAACAUGUUACCUUUCAAUAUGUAUGCGUGUCCCCAUUGUCACGUGAUCUAACCUCACUUUAUCAUCGCACAUUUUCCCGUUAUUUCAUUGACACAUUCACCUAGUUCACAUUUUCCUUCUUCAAGAUCACAAGGAUGCUCUCGCUCAUCUGUAAUGGUGUUUACAUCUGUGGUAAAUGUAGAAGGCAUUUUAAAGCCUGACUUUCUUCCAACUGUUGUGUUGAAUACCGCUACAGAUGAGUGUCUAAGUAUUUGCAACACGAUAUGUACAGUGCCAAAACAUUAUACACGCUGGAAUAUUCAACGGACCUUUCUCACACUUUUUCAAUGGCCAGGCUGUUAGAGGAUACGAACAAGAUCCAUUGUUCACCCUUCCUUUAGUUACCUGUUGCGUUCAGCCAACCCGGGUUACCUGACACUAUACACUGUCCACCUUCUUCUCAAGACUGCACCAACUUUUUAAUCUCAGGUUAUUUCUAUUCCUCACCACGCACUUGUUUUGUCUGAGCUGUUGGUAUCUUCAGUAAGGAUUGGAAAUGUUUCCUGGUGUUGUAGGGCUCACUUAAAAUAUAUGAAUAAGAUUUGGAUGUCAAUAGGAUUUCUUUCUAUGACCACGUUUCUUUCGGCUGUGAUUAUUUUAAUUAUGAAUUGAGUAUUUAUUCCAUUAGUCUUUCUGCUUUUAUUAUGAGGGAUACACAACCUUCAUCAUACAAACAUUUCCUCUUCUUUUAGAUGUCUGAACACAAUAAAGAAAUAUUAAAAUAAUCGGAGUUCUACAGCAAAAUCCUUCACCCGCUGUCACUGCCGUUAAAAAUACAGGAGCUUUAUAACAAAAAGUAAAUUUUUAAUGUUUACCUACCUUUAUUAUUUUUUUAAACCAAGAGUUCAUGGAAUGUCAUGUUUGCUGUUUUCUUAUGUGUAAUUAUUUGCAGUUUGGACAUUCCUCAACAGAUGUUUGUGAAAGACAAAAUAUUGCAGAAACAUGUCAUUGCUUUUAAAAUAAUGCUUUCACACCAAUCAUUUUUUAACUUUUAUAAGCCCACACUGAAGAUUUGUUAAAUAAACGAGUUUUUUCACUGCCA